AUGCAGACGAUAUUAGAAGAACAAGAAAAGACUCGGGUUGAACAAGAACUGGAAGCAUGGAAGCAGAAAAACAGAGAGCUGAAUAACCAGCAUGAUAGUGACUGGCAGCAAAAGAUGAGCCAAUGUGAGGAGAAAAACAUAAGUGAAAAUGAGGAAUUAAUAAAGCCGCAAAAAGAACUGAAGGUAAAUGAGGCUAAGUAUCAAACUGAUAGAAAGAAGUGGCUGGAGGAAAAAAUGGGACUCAUAAGUCAAGUAAAAGAAGCUGAGAGCCAUCUCAACAGAGAAAUGCGAAAACUUGCAGAGGACAGAGAAUGCCAUGUAAAGCAACAAGCAGAAACUGAAAGACUGGCUGCACAGCUGGUAGAAAAGGGCAGCAAUCUUCAAAAGUGGUGUGAAGAAAGAGAUGAAGUAGUAGAAGCUUUGAAAGUACAGUCCAAGACUUUGGCUUCUAACUCCAUGCAAAAAGAUGAAGAAAUAGCGGAACUGAAACAGGCUGCAGAUAAGGAAACUGAUACAGAAGAACUAAGAAAACAGCUGCCUGAGAAAGAUGACUUUAUAAAGGAAUUGAAACAACGUAUGAACCAUGAAAGUCUUCGUUCUUUGGCAGAAGUAUCUUUACCUGAAGAAGGACAAGAUAAAAUAGAUCAGUCUGUAAGCAAAGGGGAUAAGGAAACUGAUACAGAAGAACUAAGAAAACAGCUGCCUGAGAAAGAUGACUUUAUAAAGGAAUUGAAACAACGUAUGAACCAUGAAAGUCUUCGUUCUUUGGCAGAAGUAUCUUUACCUGAAGAAGGACAAGAUAAAAUAGAUCAGUCUGCAAGCAAAGGGGACCAUUCAGAAAUUGCCCUUGACUCUUCUGAAGUGUCUGCAGAAAAUGGGAAAACUAGUCGGUUCCCAACACCAGAGAUGGAAAUCCAAUUCAUGCUUCUGCAACCCAGUAAGAUGGAG